AUUUCUCUUUUACCUUGCAUUCAAUUAGAAACUUUUCCCCCUUCCAUCAAAAAACAUUGAGAGGAAGGAGGGGAGAAAUAUUACAUAUAUAUUAAUAUUAUUAAAAAAAUGGCCAAAGCCCACGUGAUGUUAUUGUUCCUCUCGGCGUUUACUAUUGGGUGCCUUGUGGUGGGGUCCAUGGCCCACAAGGAUCACAUUGUGGGAGGGAGCAAAGGGUGGAGAUUACCACCCAACCAAACUUUUUACCAGGAGUGGGCACAGACCAGGAACUUCAGCCUUGGGGACAAAUUGCUGUUCCCGUUCCGGAGCUCGGUGUACAACAUUAUGGAGGUGUCGAAGGAGGACUUUGAUGCGUGCACUCAAAAGAACGUGACCCAACGAUUCCACGCCGGGCCGGCCAUCGUGGAGCUGACGGAGCCCGGCCCGCACUACUACUACUGCGGGAUCGGCCUGCACUGCGAGGCCGGCCAGAAGCUCAGCAUCGACGUCGCUGCGACUCCCGCCGUCGACGACGCUUCGUCCUCCGCCACCAUGACCGGCCCCACCACCGCCGCUCCAGUCGCGGGGUUUCUCGCCUACUUGUUGUUCUCUUUGUUUAUGUGAUUGAAGGGAGAUUGCGUGAUGCGAAAGAAGCAGGUUCAUGGGAGAUUCGGGAUCAUUUCAUUUGAGAUUCGGGAUCAUUUCGUUGUACAUGAGAUUUUAAUGCAAUUAAUACAUGGUUUUUUAAA